AUGGUCUAUGUCACUUCAGGUAUGAUUUUAAUUCAUUUUCUCACCUGUAUUCCUUAAAUGCAGAGUUUGUUCCUAUUUUUUAAGUGAUGUCCUUGAAAUGUUAGUCAUUCCCGUUCUUUAUGUUUUUGAAACUCAAGUGUUCCUGUUGUGGGGCAUGUUCUGGGAAUUGAGGGAGUCUUACAGGACUCCAGGGAAAUCCAAUUCAGUUUAAUGAGACCGUUCCAGAGAAAUAAGAAUGUCUGGUCAAGUUCUGGAACGGAUGGACCCUUGGUCCAGUCUGGAAAUAUAAUUCUUCUUUUCUUAUAUAAACUGCUAUCUCAAACUCGCUUACUUAGAAAAUAUACCUUUCAUUUAAAUGUGUGGAAUUUACUUCCAAUAUGUGUGUUUAGGAUUGAGAUUUAAAGUAGGCUUAGACUUUUUUCCCCCUACCCAAUCUUAUACCGCAAAGUAAAUCUUACAGGCUUGUCCUAUGCAUGUUUACUUGGAUGUAAGUGCCACAGAAUUCUAUGUGUCUUACUACCAAGUAAGUGUACAUAGAGGUGCAUACCCAUUUGGAGUAAUUGAGUAGACAAGAUUAUUCAGCAAUUCAAAAACAGUCGAUCGAUCAAUGAAAGUUUUUGCAGCCUCUCCCCAUAAACAUAUUCCAAUGUGACAACUGGUUUGAUCACUGGGGACCAGGCACCUUCGUCACUGUUACAACAGGUAAAAAUAUUUAUUUCUCUCAUGUACUUCUUUGCAAUGAUCUUCCUUGUAAAUACUGAUUGCCUAAGGCAACUUUCUUUGGAUUUACUGAGGUCUAUUUCAGUGAGAAUUUAAUACUUUGUCUCCCAUAUAGCUUGUAAACCAAAAACCAAAAUUACUCUGCCACAGUCUUUUCUCCAUCCCUACAAUUAUAUUUUUACGCUUUCCCUGAAAAUGUUUUAAUAUGUUCGCUACACAAUUGCAAUAGUCUAGAAAGGUUGCGCUUGCAAAAAUACUGCGGAAUAUAUGAGAAGAAAUUUUGUUAGAAUCAGAAUCUGUUAGACUCCUUCUAAGAGAUUACCGAAGAACUAAGCUGAAGGGACAGUUUGUUAAAUACAGUAUCUCCAGACAAUUGUGUUAGUGUGUAUACUACGGAUUAGGCUACUGGGGACCUGGGACCUUUGUCGCCGUUAGUUCAGGUAAAUCAAUAUUUUUUCUAAUUCAGAACUAAUUUCAUUCAUAACUGAGCAGAUGGGAUUUCUCUUUGGGUUGCUUGGUUUUGUCAAUCUCCAGUGCAUUUUGAAAGCCUUAAAGGAACUUAAAAGCUGCAAUUAUAUGUGUCAUAUAGAUUUAAGAUGGGGGGGGAUAUUUGUGCCUUGGUAGUGUCUAAUUCUAUUCCUUAGUGGAUCAAAAGUUUAAAUGGACAAAUAGAACUGCAUUCUUAUAACAAAAGCAUAAUUUAGAAAUCUGUCUAUCCACUCUUUCUCAGUAGUUCCCUCCCGUUUGUUUAUUCUUUAAUUUGUUCAUUUUUUUCUGUCUACCCAUCAGUAGUUCAGGAUUCAUCCCAUCUUAUUAUUUUCUGUCUAUCUAUCUUUCAGUCAAGCAUAAUACUAGGUUGCAGUUAUAGACAAAGUCCUGUGACACUUUAAAGAGUAAAUAAGUGUUGUGGAAUGAAUUUCAGAGGGAAAAUCCUACUUUGCCAGAUCAAUAAAGUCCUUGUGUGCAUCAGGUGAAGUAGUUUCUCUCCUAAAAUUCACUUCACAACAAACUUAAGACAUCUUUAAUAUGCCACUGUUAUUUCUUUAUCUACCUCCCUUUAGUCUCUCUAAAUUAAACUGUUACCAACCUGUGGGUUCUGCUUAGCUUUCCUCAGUGGUGAGGGCAAGGUACUUUUAACAUGCUUAGAGACUUACUAGUCUUUUGUUUGUUUGUUUGUUUGUUUGUUUGUUUGUUUGUUUAACUAAUUCUGAGGCUGAAUUCUGCAAUUGAAUUUAUGUUUCUUUGGCUCCCGGCUCAGAUUAAGCCUUUGAGCAAAUUGCAUCUUACUCCUGAUGCUCAUGCACUGUGAAAUUAAUGGGAGUGCUAAUUAAUAUGCAUCAGAAUCUAAAAUAAUUAGCACAAUCAAAAAAAGAUUUUGAAGGGUUGCAUCUAUUCUUUUCUUUUUUUGUGACAAGAAAAUGGCCGAUUACUAAACAGGAACGUUGGGGGGGGGGGAGCAGAUUAAGACAACAGGUGGCUAAAGAUUCGUUUCUCUGUUUUGAUUUAUUUUAAGCCCUUGUGUUCCAUUUCAUGGAGUUUCUAGCACCCACAGUGGUUUCACAUGGUGGAAAAUAGCCUUGAAUGUUUCGAAAACAACAGAAUAACACCUGUCUUUGAAAGAUCUCUGUUUUCCCCACAAAAAAUAACCCAGAUUUAGCAAUUUUUGGUUUAAAGAAAAAAGAUGAAUGUCUGUUCCGUAAGCAAUUGGUUCUGGACUCUAGAAGUUUGUGAAUCUUUUUCGUGUAGAAAUCAUACAUUUAAAUGGUAAGGAAAAAAUGCUUUAUUCCUCUUUUUUCAACAUUUUAUUUGAUUAUUAUUAUUUUACUACAAUUUAGAAUAUGUCAAUUAUUAUUUUUAUCUAUUUUGAACAAAUUUAACAUUUAUUAACAAUUUACAUGAAAAUAUAUUGGGAUAUUUUAAUAGUGUUCUCUUCUGUUGCUUAUUUUUGUGAAAUAAUGAGACAGAUUUUAAGAGUGAAUGAAUUUGUGGCAGGAAAUUAUAAUUUUUUGUUGUUUUUUGGUUUUUCUGAGUAACUUUUAUGGGUUUUUCUGUUUUAACUGGAUUUGUUUUGUCCUAUGCAGUCAGGGUUUUGAGAUAGUUUAUCUCUGUAGAGUAUAUUUCUGCUUUUGAUUGAAACUUCCACCUCUCUUUGUAGUAGUUUUAAUUUGAUUGAUUGAUUGAUUGAUUGAUUCAGAUAAGUGAUAGACUUCACUAGAAUUUUGACCGACAAAUGGAAUUAUUUUUUAAUUAUCAGAGUUUAUAUCAAGCUAACUCAGGAAAGCUUACAAUAACAAACCACUGCUAGACUAUUAAUUUAUUUAACAGUGAAUAAUCAUGUAGGGAUUUUCCCACAUCUCUAACUGGCAUGAUUUCUAAAUUUGUAAUAUGAGGAUCAAUACAAGGCUUUACUUGGGUGUAUUUAACAGUAGUUUUCCCAGCUGAUUGGGAUGUUUGGCAUCCCAUGCUCAGUGAGGUGGUAUCCAACCUUUUACCCAACGUACUACUAGUUCUGGAGUGCCUGGGUGGUCAACUAGACCCACCCAGCAUCCUCAGUCAGCAGGCAUCAAAUCUUUCAGAUCCAUAGUGGCCCUAGCUGGGGCAGGGCAGCAAGGAGUAUCUCUUUGAGGCUCAGUACCUAGCUAGGGAAGAGUUUCAGACUCAGAUGCAGCUUUGGGAGCGAUGGAGGGAAUCGCUCCGGAGAUCCCUUAGCUUAUCCAAGUUGGAUAAGCUACUGAGCUGGAAUGCAUGCAAGCCUUUCAGAUCUCUAGCAGCUGUAGCGGGAGGUUGAGGGGCAACCUGAACCUCGCUGAAGCCAAGAGCUCAGCCAGGCAAAGCUGGAGGACUCUCUGCUGAGCUGUGGCUUUGGUAGCAAGGCAAGGGGGGUGUUAUGGCACCCUCCUAGCUUCUCCAAAGCCAAUCGCUGAACUGGGAAGCAUACGAGCCUCGCAGAGCUCCAACAGUUUUGAUCCCUAUAGUAGCUACAGCUUGGGCAGGGAGGGCAACCUAAACCCCAGAACUUAGCUAUGGAAGAGCUGGGUAGGCCUGUGACCAGUGGCAGCUUGGGAGACAUCGGGGAAAGCACCAGCAGCCCCCUAGCUUCUCUGAUGACCACCGCUCAGCUAGGAGCUAUGAAAUGUUUUCAGAGCUAUAGCAGCUACAGCUGGGGCUAGGAGGGCAAGCUAGCUGGUGCCCUUAGCCAGGCACCAGCUGGAUGGCUCGGUGCUCAGCUGUGUCUCUGAGAACACUUCAGCAGCCCCCUAGAUUAUCUGAAGCCCACAAAGCGAGUAGGAGCUAGGAAGCCUUUUCAGAGCUAUAGCAGCUAAAGCUAGGGCUGGGACAGCAGCCUUGAGCCCAGUGCACAACCAGGGAAGAGCUGGACAGUACCUCUGAGAAUGGUGGGAACGUUCCAGCAAAACCGCUAGCUUCUCUGAAGCCCACCACUCGGCUAGGAGCUAGAAAAUGUUUUCAGAGCUACAGUAGCUGCAGUUGAGGCUGGGAGGGCAACCUAAAGCCCACUGUUUAGCCAGGGAAGGGCAGGAUAGCUCUGUGCAGAGCUGUAGCUCUUCGGAAUGAUGGGAAAGGUUCCAGCAGCUCCCUAGCUUCUCUGAAGCCCACAGUUUAGCUAGGAGCUAGGAACCUUUCAGGGCUAUAGCAGCUACUGCUGGGGCAGGGAGGGCAACCGAAAGCCCAUUGCUUAGCCGGGGCAGGGCUGGGUGUCUCAGUACUGUGCUGCUGCUCUGGAGAAUGGUAGGGAAGGUUCCAGCAGCUCCCUCGGUCUUCCACAGCUCAGGUAGGAACUAGGAUAUCUUUUCAGAGCUAUAGCAGCUAAUGCUAGGGCUGGGAAAGCAGCCUUAAGCCCAGUGCACAGCCAGGGAAGAGGUGGACGGUACCUCUGAGAAUGGUGGGAACGUUCCAGCAAAAUUGCUAGCUUCUCUGAAGCCCACCACUUGGCUAGGAGCUAGAAAAUGUUUUCAGAGCUAGGGCAGCUACAGCUAGGGCAGGGAGGGCAACCUAAAGCCCACUGCUUAGCCAGGGAAGUGCAGGAUAGCUCUGUGCUGAGCUGCAGCUCUUGAGAAUGAUAGGGAAGGUUCCAGCAGCUCCCUCGGUCAUCCACAGCUCAGCUAGGAACUAGGGAACCUUUUCAGAGCUAUAGCAGCUAAAGCUAGGGCUGGGACAGCAGCCUUGAGCCCAGUGCACAGCCAGGGAAGAGCUGGGCAGCUCAGUGCUGAGCUGUGCCUCUGAGAAUGGUGGGAACGUUCCAACAAAAUCCCUAGCUUCUCUGAAGCGCACUGCUUUGCUAGAAGCUAGAAAAUGUUUUCAGAGCUAGGGCAGCUACAGCUAGGGCAGGGAGGGCAACCUAAAGCCCACUGCUUAGCCAGGGAAGUGCAGGAUAGCUCUGUGCUGAGCUGCAGCUCUUGAGAAUGAUAGGAAGGUUCCAGCAGCUCCCUAGCUUCUCUGAAGCCCACAGUUUAGCUAGGAGCUAGGAACCUUUCAGGGCUAUAGCAGCUACUGCUGGGGCAGAGAGGGCAACCGAAAGCCCACUGCUUAGCCAGGGCAGGGCUGGGUGGCUCAGUACUGUGCUGUUGCUCUUGAGAAUGAUAGGGAAGGUUCCAGCAGCUCCCUCGGUCAUCCACAGCUCAGCUAGGAACUAGGAAACCUUUUCAGAGCUAUAGCAGCUAAAGAUAGGGCUGGGACAGCAGCCUUGAGCCCAGUGCACAGCCAGGGAAGAGAUGGCCGCUCGGUGCUGAGCUGCAGCUCCGAGAAUGAUGGGAACAUUCAAGCAACCUCCCUAGCUUAUCUGAAGCGCACCGGUCAGCUAGGAGCUUGUUAAUAUCUUCAGAGCUAUAGCAGCUACAGCUGUGGCAGGGAGGGCAACCUGAAGCCCAGCACUCGGUUGAGGAACAGCUCAAUGGCUCUGUGCUCAGCUACGGCUUCCAAAAUGGCAAGGAAAGCACCGGCAGUCACUUAGCUUAUCUGAAGCCGACCACUUGGCUAGGAGCUAGGAAAUAUUUUUGGAGCUGUAGCAGCUACAGCUGAGGCUAAAAGGGCAAACUAAAGCCCAGUACUCAGUUGCAAAAGAGCUGGAUGGCUUGGUGUUCAACUGUGUCUCUGGGAAUGGUGGGCAAAGCAGCAGCAGCAGCACCCACCUAUUUUUCUGAAGCCCACUGCCCAGCUAAGAGCUAGGAAAUUUUAACGGAGCUACAGCAGCGACAACUGGGGCCACCACUUGGCUAGGGCCGGGCUGGGUGGCUCAGGACUCUGCUGGGACUCUUGAGAAUGAUAGGGAAGGUUCCAGCAGCUCCCUAGGUCAUCCAAAGCUGUAGCAGGGUUGGGGAUGUAACUGGAGUCUCUCUGUAGCCCAGUGGUUUGCUGGGUAAGAGCUGGGCAGUUUCGCCCCUCAGCUCUGGCUUUGGAAAUGAUGGGGGAAGCUCCUGAUAGCCCACUAACGUCUCUGAAGCCUAAGACUCAUCUGAGUCCUAAGCCUCUCCUGCCUCUGGCAGCUGUAGCUAAGCUGGAGGAGCAGCCAGAUUCUCUCUAUAGCCAAAUGCUCAGCUAGGAGAAAGCUCCAUUGUUCCCCUUGGAUUUCUGGGCUUGGGAACUAUGUGGGAAACUCUCGAGACCCACUGGCUUGCAUUGAAGCCCAGCACUGAGCUGGGAUCCAUGCAAACCAUGUCUCAAAUCCGUUUCAGUUUUAGACUGAAAGCAGCUGAACCUAGGGCAGGGAGACCAACCAGCCAAAACCUGAAGCCCAGUGAUCUGCUGAGAAAGAGCUGGAUGGCUCCCAUCUUGGCUGCAGUUUUCAGAAUGAUCGCGGCAGGGGAUCUGGCAACCGCCUAGCUCCCUUGACUGCUCCUCUGGGGGACUUGCAAACUUUUCAGAUCAAUGGCAGCCAGAGAUGAUGACCAAGGUCUCUCUGAAGCUGAGCACUGAGCUGAGAGAGAGCUGUGUGUUUUCCUGCUGACAUACAGCUUUGGAAAUAGUGUUAAAAAGCCCCUAGCUUUUUCUUAUGCAAGCUUUUCCCAUCCAUAGCAGCAAUAGCAAGGGCAGAGGGAAAAGUGAGAGUCUCUCUGAAGCCGAGGGCUCAACUGGAGGGCUUGGAGGGCUUGCUGCUCAGCUCUGGCUCUGAGAAUGAUGGGGGAAGCUUUCGGAAGCCCCUUAGGUUGUUGGAAAGAGAACUACAUGCAAGCAUGGAGAUCUAUAGCAGUUCUAGCUGAGUUGGAGGAGCACCCAGAGUCUUUCUGAAGCUGAGUGCUCAGCUGAGGAAAAACUGGGUGGCUGAUGGGCAAAGCUCCAGCUUCUCUGAAGCUCACCGCUCAGCCCUGAGAUAAGAAAUAUUUUCAGUGCUAUAGCAGCUGAAACUGGGACAGAGAGGCAACUGGGCUCUCUCUGAAGCCCAGGGUUUAGCUAGGCAAGAGUUGAGUGGGUUUGCCUUCAUUUCUGGCUUUUGUGAUGGGGGCAAUUUUUGGCAUCCCCUAAUUUUGUGGAAGCCCAGUGUUGAGCUGUGAUGUAGGCAAGCUUCUCAGAUUUCCAGCAGCUAUAGCUAUGGUGCAGGAUCAAAAUGAUGGGGAAAGCACCAGCAGCCCCCUUGCUUCUCCAAAGCCAACCUCUCACCUAGGAGGUGAGUUUUUCAGAGCUAUAUAAGAGUGUUGGAGAUGCAACAGGGAUUUCUGCGAAGCUUGAUUCUCAGCUAGGAGCCUUGCAAACCUCCAAGAUCAGCACUGGCUUGGGGAGGGCUGGCUCCUUCACCCUGUUCUCCCUGAGUGCAUAUUCUCAGCUGAAAGAAUUGCGUGGUUCCCUGUUGAGAGCUGUGUGGCACAAGCUUUGAGAAGACUGGAAAAAGCAACUGUGUCUCCUGCCUAGCCUCCCUGAAGCUUAACUUAACCGGGAGGCAGAAAGCUUGCUAACUCAGAAGCAGAUUUGAGACAAGCUGAGGAGAGCAAAUAAUUUCUCCCAGCUGCUUUAAGAGCCCCAUACACGAACCCAUGGAAAGAGCCGUGGCUCAAGGGAUGGCGCAAAUCCUGGAGAGCUGCUGCCAGGCAAUGCGGACAGAACUGUGCUAGAUGGACCCAAUGGUCUGACUUGGUAUAAUUCAGCCUCCUAUGUUCAAUAGUGGCUGGGAACUUCAGUUUAGUCCAGGUUUUAGAAAGGCUUUGAGGUAAGCAACUUGUCUCCACCUCGCCCACCUCUGCCUGCCUCCCUAAAACCUGGCACUCCAUUUGAAGGUAUUCACACAGCUCAGCAGUGUCUUUGAGAAACAUGGAAGGAGCCGCUCAGCCUCAUCCCCAAGUGAUUGCAAGCAUCAGGAGCCGGGUGGGGGUCAUUUGAGAGGUCAUUGAGGGGUCAUUGAGAGGUUAGUGGCUCAGCCAGCUUCCUCCUGGCUCUCCCAUGCCCAGCUCUGGGUAGGAAGGCACGCAAGUCUCCCCAUUCUAUACUGCUUAGGAUGGCUGUUGGGGAAGGGAAAGGUGCCUCCUUUCCAGUGUCCACAAACCUGCAAAUCUCCCAGCCCAACAUAGUUUUUGCAACUCCUUUGGCUUGCCAGCGCAAGACUAGCUGGAAAAUUAUAAGCUUCAUAAUGUGCAAUCAAGACAGCUACUGAACCAGGCAUGGAUGACCCAUGUUGUAUCCUGAGCAGCUUCAGACUUGAGAUUGCAUUAGAUACAGUUAUUGUAUUGGGAUGGAGUUCAGGUCUCUCUCAUUCAGCAUAGCUGUACUCGAUUGCAUAUCACUUGUUUCGUUUGGGCACAGUUGCCGCCAUUUCAACAGACCAGAGUAGCUGCACCUUUAACAGCAGUCUGAUACGCUGACAUCCCUGCUGUGACAAAGGUCACCUGCUGAUUUCUGUGCAUCAAGUUGCUGCUGAAGGCACAGGAGAAGAGCAGAGCAGUUUUCCUGGUCAGUUGGCAACCAUAACUAUGUAUGUGUUUUAGUCUCACAGAUUCUAGUUGCCAAAUGAAGAAACAAGUCAGGGUGCCUAUGGCUGCUGCUCUGCCCUUCGUUGGUGCAGAGCCAAAAGCUACAAAAACCCAUCUGAAAUAGUUCCGAGUUUAGCCAGGGAAUAAUCACUAUUUAACCAUUGCUUUGUGCUUUAUAUGGGGGGGGGGUGCUCAUUGGUGUCAGAAAUAUUAACCUGCAACACAGUGCAGAUUCCCUUUGAUGGUUUAAAAGGAGUCAAGGGCUUACUGCAUUAGAUAUAGCUAAGGAGAUUCAUGGUGUCAAUAAGUGUAGUACAAUGAAAGAUGUCAUAUUUCUGUUGAAUUAGCUUUCUUUGAAGUGAUUGGGUUUCCUUUUACAAAAAUCAUUUUGAUUCUUUUGCUGGUUAUGCUGUUCUGGUAUGGAAGGGUACUGUAUAACAUAGCAGUGUUGAACGGUAAUCAGAAUAUGAAAUGGCUCGUGAUUUUGCAAGAAAGUCUCUGUGCUCCUUGAAAUCUCGAAAUCUUCAUUCCAUUUUACCGCGCCUGACAUUGCCCACUUUUUUAAAAAUGUGACCAUUUCAGAGGGUGCAUCUGACUCCCUAGAAGCGUUGUAAUGAAGCAAAUACUGUACAACAGAAUAAGCCAGAUGUGAACUCCACAGAAAGCAAAAUGAACAGCCUCACAAUGUUUCUACCCCAGUUGCAUUCUCCUCGCUGCCAGCUCAUUUCUGCUUAGAUUUUAUAUGCACUUACUUUUAUAUGCACUUAUACGCCCCAUUAUAUUCAGUGGGACUUACCUUUGAGUAGACAGGGAUAGGGUUGUGCUUCAUGGUUGUUAUAAAAAUGGUUCCUAGCAUGGACCUCUGGAUAACAGACAUAAUGAAACAGCUUUUCUGGUGGUUCUUGCUCCUUCACUGAGAGUAAAUAGCCUUUCUGAUGGUUAUUAUCGGGAAGCAUGACCAACAUUUCUUUUCAGAGCUUUGGCCAGUUGUUAUUCAUCAAUGAUGAAAGGGGAAUAUUAGGCAGCGUGUUUCUCCAGCUGAUGCUAUUCAGUAACAAUGCUGUACAUAUUUAUUCACUUUCCCCAGGUGCUGUAUGUUCAUUAACUGUGCAAUUCUUACAACAGUAUUGUUUCCGAAGUGGCCCAGAGUGAUGAGGCUAAGGUCACGUAUGUCUGGACUGACUAGACUCCGAAGUUCAUAGCUCAGGUUCUUAAACACCCUACACUAGCUAUAAGUUAUAGCUGAGAACUAGGAGAAAGGGAAUUCUACUUACAAAGUGAAGGAGGGAGAAGGCUGGGUAUAUUUCAUGCAGAAUGGGGUUAAACACAAAUACAUCCAAAAUGUUGAUUUUGUGUUGAAAAACACCUCAACAAUACAACAAUCCAUCUAGUAACACACAUAUACUCAUGUUUGAUACCCUUGUCUCUCUUUCUCAACAAUGCAACGGUUUGCUUCCUUUCAGUUAGUUAACCCCAGCUGAACUUUUAACACCUUCCAAAAACCCUCCAUCCUUCUGCUUUUCUUCUCCCUCAGUUCCCUCAGCUGCCCCAUCUCUUUUCCCUCUCAUUGCUUCUCCUGGGAGCGAGGGCAGUGAAAAGGUCACCAUCGGGUGCUUGGCCAAGAAUUUCCUUCCUGACUCGGUCACUUUCUCCUGGAACAAUAAGAACAAUGUCAGUGACAGUACAAUCACGUCCAAGAAGUUUCCUUCAGUACUCGGCUCCAGUGGGACUUACACCGCAAGUUCCCAGGCACUUGUCCCAUCUGCUGAUUGGACAAAGUAUGAUCCAUUUUACUGCAAGGCUGACCACCCUUCUGGAAACGCAGUGAUACGAGUGGUCCGUGGCUGCGGUAAGUGAAUGUAUUUGUCUCGUCUUGUUCAACAUAUCCAACAUAACAACACAGGCCGUCUUCAAAAGAUUAGACACAAGUAGUCAGAGGCUGUCUAUUGUGGCACAUACUUUCAGAGGUGCUGAUAUGUUUCUAAAAGAGGAGAUCAAAGCUGCAUCCUCUGUCCUAGCUGAGUAGGAUAUGCCUCACUUGUAGCAUGGGAAAUGUGCUUUGCACAUGCCCAGCAGUGCACAUUCCUUCCAUUUGCUCCAAUGCUGUGCUGUGACUCUGAAGGCUCAGCCCAGCUUAGCCUUGACUCAAAUGAAGCCCUGCUUCCCAUUGAGUCAAAAGAAUGUGAACAUGUUUCUCCAGUAUGCAUCACAAUACAGCUAAAAGACAAUCAUGUGAACAUGUAUUCCUAAAUACAGCUGAAUAUACACAUAUAUGUAACUCCAGUCCUUACAUAUUUACAAUUUUUCUGUUGAGAGUGUUGUACCCACCUGCCAUAAUUCAUUCUUUCUUGCAAUUCCCCCUCUUUCUCGAGUAGAUACGUCAGUCGAAACGCCAACACCUGAGAUGUCUGUACGUGCACCACCCAUUCAAGCCUUUUUUGGCAGUUACCUGAAUGCCACCAUCACCUGCAGCGUAGUUAACCUUCCCUCCAGCAAGUACACACUUCAGUGGCUGAAGAAGGGACAGGUACUUGACUCUGGCUUCACCACCACCCAGCCAAUCCGAGAGGGCAGUGGUUACAGCAUAAAGAGUGAACUCAUAGUCACCAAGAGAGACUGGCUCAGCGACAUUACCUUCUCUUGUGUGGUGAAUGGCAAGGACUUCAAUGACACACUCAAGAUCAACAAGAACUCUUUUUGUCAAGGUGAGCUUCACUGUUCUUUUAUGAGAAAUCUGACCAUUCAGAAUAAGAAUAAUCUAUCUCCAGUCCCAGUUCCACUGCUCAAUGCAACCCUAUUUAAAAACAAAACAAAAAAAAACCUGUAUCCUUCAGCAUACACCCAGAAUGAUUAGGAGGGGAGAAAAACAAUAAUUUCAAUGUUGGGUGAGAUCUCAGUUCAUCCAUAUUCUGAUAUCAAUGUAUGAAAUAUUCUCCUCUAUUUUAAAGACCCAUGUUGAUAUUGUUCUACAAAUGUAAAAUCUCCUAGCUCAAAUUUGCUAUUUAAAAGGGCCGUGCCAUAAUUCUGAAAGCCCUAUCCUGUAGCUUUUCUCAAAAGAUUCUCAGCUUUGGUGGGCCCCCAAAGUAAUGGACUUCCACACUUGUGGAACACACAAGAGCUCAUUUCUACAAGUUCUUUCCUGAAGAACAUAGUACACAGGUAGUGAGAGGAAAUUCCCAGUUGAUCUUAGGGUCAAGCCACACAUUAUAUAUAGCCAGUAUUCAGCAAAGUUAAGAGAAUUUGAUUUGGGCAUGAGGAAGGAGACUUUGAAGUAAGCUGGGUGUUUAAAGCAUUGAUUGUCAACAGUGUAUGGAACACUGGUGUGUUCUGUUGUCUUAAUUACUGUGGAACCAAACCUUGUUCUCACUUAUCUCAUAUCAUUCUUCAGGUGACAUUUCUUGUAACGAGGAUGUCCGUGUGGAAGCAAUCCCACCAUCCUUCGCUGACAUCUUCCAGACCAAGUUAGCCAAGCUGACCUGCAGAAUUUCAAACGUACCCCUUGAACAGGAUCUUUCGGCACUGAAUGUUACCUGGACAAAAGAAUCUGACCAAACACUACUGAAGACCGAACUUGGAAAGCCAGAAGAUCAGGCUAACGGGCUUGCUUACAUUGAUGCUACAGCCACCGUGUGCGCCACAGAGUGGGACAGCGAUGAAAUGUUCAAGUGCAAAGUUAAUUUCCCAGGCUUACUUCCUGAACCUAUCGACAAAACUUUGAAAAAGUUUAAUGGUAGGUACCUGUUUUACUUCAUCCCAUGGAAAGAUUACACAUUAGCGUUGUGUGUUUUCACAGAUCCCUAGAUCUGUCAGGCUCCUCAUCCGCCCUCAGAAUAGUUGCCACCUGAAGAGAAAUUUGGUAGAAAGUCAGCGGCCUUCAAAAAAACUCCUUCAGCAUAUUCAAUAAUGCCCUUACUUCAGUAGCUGCUGGAGCCUAUGAGCUCCUAUUAGGGUAUCCCAGUGGACACUUUCCUUACUUAUUAUUUUGACAGCUGCUUUUGGAACUCUUACUGUUAUGAACCAUUGAACUAGGCCAACCUGAGUGACUAUGACUUGAUGAAGGCCACGUAGCGAACUUCAGUCCACGCUCCUCUGCUGUCAGAUGGAACCUGUAUUCUCACCUUGCUCUAGUGCAAGGUGUCCUACUCUAGUAUCAGCAGUGUCAAUCUUCUUAGCAUUGCCUCCUAUACUUUAGGGAGAACCAUGUGAUCCAACUGUUCAGUAAAAACUAGGUCCAUUUCUGGUCCAUAAACGUCUGUUGCAUCAAAACUAGGACUUGAUCCAUUUUGCUGCCUCGCCAAUCUGACUUGCCCAGUUCCGUUUUUGAAAGGCUUCACUCUGGUUCUUAAAGUGCCCUGUCUCUCUCAAAACAGCUAAGCCUAUAUAUCCGAGAGGCCAAAGGUUAAGUCAGGUCUCAUGAAACAAAAUGAAUUGUGGGUAAAAAUGAUAAGGAAUGCACAUUUGAUUGUCUCUUCAUUCCUUUUCUUCUUUUUUUACCUUCCAGAUGGCCCCCAAUCUAUCCCAGCCGUCUAUGUCCUUCCCCCUACCUCAGAAGAACUAGCUCUGCGAGAAACAGCCACCCUCACUUGCCUAGUGAAAGGUUUCUCCCCCCAAGGUAUCUUUCUGCAGUGGCUCCACAAUGAUCAGCCAGUGAAUUCUGCAGAUUUCUACGUCAGUGAACCCAAAGAAGAGCCCAAGACAGAAGGAAAGUUCUUCGUCUAUAGCAUAUUGUACAUCAGUGAAAGUGACUGGAGUCAUGGAGACCGUUACACUUGUGUCGUGGGACAUGAGGCACUGCCCAUGAACAGCACUCAGAAGAGCGUGGACAAGAACACGGGUAAACCAACUGUUGUCAACGUCUCCUUAGUGCUCUCCGAUACGGCCACAACUUGCAACUAA